CUUCUUUGUCUUUGAGCGAAAAAAAAUUCAUCUUUUUUUUUUCUCUGUUUGAUUUAAUUAUUUGGGGACUUGUCAUCAAAACCAUACAAAAUCUUUGAGCUGCUAUUUGGUUUGAAUUUUGUUUUUGUGUAAGGGUUUAGGGUUUUUUUUUUUUUUUUGGGUGAUGAUGAUGUCUGGUAUUGACUUUUCUGUUUCUUCUAAUUGUAUUGGAGAAUUUGGUGAUCAUCAUCGUCAUCAACAGCAAACUUCUCAACUUUAUCAUAAUCAUCAUCAUCUUCUUCUUCCUCUGAACCCUAAUCCUAUUCCUAACCCUAUUAUUCAAAAUGUUGAUUCUUCUUCUUCUCUUCCUCCUUCUCUCCCCAAGAAGAAGAGAAAUUUGCCAGGAAAACCAGAUCCAGAUGCAGAGGUAAUUGCUUUAUCUCCAAACACACUGAUGGCAACAAACAGAUUCAUUUGUGAAGUAUGCAACAAAGGGUUUCAAAGAGACCAAAACUUACAACUACACAGAAGAGGACACAAUUUGCCAUGGAAGCUCAGACAAAGAAGCAGCAAAGAAGCAGUAGUAGUGAAGAAGAAAGUAUAUAUUUGUCCUGAAAAGGGUUGUGUUCAUCAUGAUCCAAGUAGAGCACUUGGGGACCUAACUGGAAUUAAAAAACACUAUAGUAGAAAACAUGGGGAGAAGAAGUGGAAGUGUGAGAAAUGUUGCAAGAAAUAUGCCGUUCAAUCUGAUUGGAAAGCUCACUCUAAGACUUGUGGUACGAGAGACUACAAAUGUGACUGUGGAACACUCUUUUCAAGGAAGGACAGCUUCAUAACUCACAGGGCAUUUUGUGAUGCAUUAGCUGAAGAAAGUGCAAAGCUAAUAUCAUCAGUUACCUCACCAAAUUCAAGACUUCAUUUCAUUGCCAAUAAUAAUAAUAAUUCAAUAAUCAAGUCCCAAUUUCUAGACCAUAAUUUCGAAUCAUCACCUUUAUUCCCACAAAUUCUUUCACCCACUGACAAUCUCUUCCAGAACUCAAACCAAAUCUUGAGUUUGAACAACAAAAACAAUAAUCACAAUCCUUCAAAAACCGCCAUUAUGAACCUCACUCUGUCCUCCUUUACCCACAAACAACAACAACAACAACAAAACGUAGCAGCUUAUGAUAACUCGCCAUCGUUUCGCUCGGUCACGGGUGGUGGUGGAGGGAUGUCGGCGACGGCGCUGCUGUUGAAAGCGGCGCAAUUGGGGUCGACGAAGAGCGAUGAUAACUCAUUUUGUUCAGGGAGUAAUAGUGUGGGAGUAGUUAUGAGUUCGUCAUCAUCUUCAAAAAAUAUUUCAAUUGAGACGAAUGGUAAUUAUUUUGGGGGAAAGGGAAAUGGGUUGAGGGAUUUUUUUGGGAGGAAGGAAUUAGGAGAAGGGAAUAAUGAUGAGUUGAUUAUUCCAUCAAUGGAGAUGACUAAAUUUGCUAAUUCUAUGAGCUCUGAGAUGGGGUUUAGCCAAUUCAUUGGGAAUAAUAGUGUUGGAUAAGGGGGGAAUUUUUGAGAUUUUUGUUUGGUGUUCUGUAUAUAUAUGGUCAAGAAUUAUUCAAGAGGUGGGUUUUGUUAUGAAGAAAGGAAA